AUUCAUUUUCAUUUCCCCUCCGUCCCUCUCAACACCUCCAAAGCUCUUCCCUUUUUCCGAAACCCAUAUCAUAAAUGGCGGCUGCCACUAGCAGUUCUUGUUCUUCCCCUGUUUACGCGGGGGCAGCAAUUACUCUGUUUUUGCUCGUUGCUUCUUGCUCUGCCACAAGACCAGGUGCCGUUCUGAUAAUGAAGGAAGGGCCCCAAUCCCCAGACGGGCGGAAGCUUUACCUGACUGCGUUUCAGUACGAGGGUCAGGCGGCGGCGGCGGCGGCGGCGUUCAAUUUCUUGCCGAAAGGGGUCCCGAUCCCGCCUUCCGGCCCUUCCAAGAGGCACAACUCCAUCGAGAAUUGAAGGACAUGGACAAGAGGAAGGAUUCAUCAGUUUUUCCUCUCUGUUCUGAUUAUUUAUUUGUGUGGGUGGAUCGAGAUUAUAUUGUAAUAGGGAGAUUUUGCCUGUAGUACGUAGGUUUGUUUGGUUCUUGGAUUGGUUAUAGAUCAAGAAACCAUAGAAAAUGCUCGCUGGUUCUUGAUAUUCAGGGUUUCUUUUUUCUGUUGUUUUUACUACGGUAUUGUUUUGUCGUUUGUACAGAUUUGGAUGUGUAGUAUAUAGGAUAGGGAGGACUGUUGUUCUGAUUCGCCAUAUGGCACCUAGCUAGCUCUAAGUUGUUCUGCUUUCUUUCUCCAUUGUAUGUGAGAUUGGUGAUGAUGAAUGCUCUGUUUCUCUGUAGUUGGGAUUCGUAAUGGAUUAGUAGGUUGUAAAUGUUACACUAUGUACUAUUUUAUCAAGUUGAUAUGGUUAUAUAUAGCCUGAAAGUUGUUCUAUAUCCUAUGAAUACUCACUCAAACCUACGAGGGCGGGGACUUCAAGCAUAUAGCUCCAUCCGUCGUCGUGGAAGGAUUUUACCCAGAAAACGAAAAGACGCGAAAACUAAACUAAUAACUACAUUGUGUCAACUUAUAUAACUUAAUACAUUAGUACUCACUCAAACCUACGAAGGCAGGAACUUCAAGCAUAUAGCUCCAUUAGUCGUCGUGGAAGGAUUUUACCCAGAAACGAAAAAGACGUGAAAACUAAACUAAUAGGCACACUGUGUCAACUUAUAUAACGUAAUACAUUAGUACUCACUCAUUAGUAGCAAAUUGAUAUGGCUUAAUACGAUUUGUCACCGGUUUUGUUAACAAUACGGCUAUUACACAUUAAACUCACGGAGUUGAUCUUGAGUAUACAUAUCACAUUAACCAUGGUGAUUUGGCUAUGGAGAAUGGAGAUAGGAAGAGGAAGAAACUUAGAUCUAGCUGGGCUGGCUGGCAGGCAGAUGGAGAAGUCGAAAGCCACUCAACGUGUUUGGUUUUUCUAUUUCCCGACUUGGACUGCUUGUCCUGAAAUUCCCUCUCCCCCAUUAAAUGAGAAAUAACCGCAGCACCUUCAUUUCCUCCUUACAUGUAUGUCGCCGAAUUAAAUUCUUGGGGUUUACAAAUUACGAAGCCAUUAUUAUUAUUCAUCUCUUUUCUUGUCCUCCAAUCAGGGGCGGACCUAGGGCUAGGGGAGGGUGUCGUCCGACACCCCUCCGUCCGAAAAUUUUGUGAAGGACCUCCAUUUUUUGGUACAAAAAUUUUUAAGUUGGGACUUCCCACUCUAAUAAUUAUAAGCGACACACCUUCAUUAUACGACAAUAGAGAAAAUCAAAUUUAACAAUAAUAAGUAAAAUCAAAUAAGCAUGCUUGUUUUAAGUAACCCACAACCCAAUUUAGCUUUUCGAUUUGUAAUUAAUAGGUGAAUUGCAA